AUAUAUUAAUUCAUUCAUUCCACGCUAUUUUUCCACACACACACACACAACAGAAGGAAGGGGAGGACGAGUUGCAGAAGAGCGAGAUCAGAGGGCGGUCGCCGGCAAUGAUCUUCCCCAACUAAAAACAACUGUGGUCAAAAUUUCCAAUUUCGGAAGAUUAGAAUAGCAAUUAAUAUGCGUUCUGAUCUUAUCCAUUCUACCAUUUUGCUCGUCCCUUAUUUACUAAAUCCAGCGUGAAGAUUAUCGGCAUUUACUCGGUCCCUCAGGAUUCACGGGCUUAAAAGCGGCUGCCAAACAUCCCCCGAAUUCGAGUUUCGAUCGAUCGAAGAGCAGAGCAGAGAAGCGAAGAUGACGGGCUCAUCUCUCCCCGACGAUUCCCUUUUCCUCGGCCUCGACAGCUCCACCCAGUCACUGAAGGCAACCGUGCUUGAUUCAGACCUCGCCAUUGUCGCAUCAGAAGCUGUUCAUUUCGACUCUCACCUGCCCCACUACAAGACCCGAGAUGGAGUCUACAGAGACCCCUCCGAUAACGGCAGGAUCGUCUCCCCCACAUUGAUGUGGGUGGAGGCACUGGAUCUCCUCCUCCAAACCCUCCAAUCCAAAAUCGAUUUCCGAAGGGUUUCCGCGAUUUCUGGAAGCGGACAGCAGCACGGAAGCGUUUAUUGGAAGAGGGGGAGUUCCGCCAUCUUGGCUGCGUUGGAUCACACUAAAACCCUAGCGGAUCAGCUCGUCGAUGCCUUCUCUGCAUCGGAAUCCCCGAUCUGGAUGGACAGCAGCACCACGUCGCAGUGCAGGGAGAUUGAGGAGGCUGUGGGAGGGGCGAUGGAGUUGGCGAGACUUACGGGAUCGCGCGCCUACGAGAGAUACACGGGGCCGCAGAUUCGGAAGCUGGAGCAGAGGAAGGAGGUUUAUGAUAAUACUGAGAGGAUCUCUCUUGUUAGUUCAUUCAUGGCGUCUAUUCUUAUUGGAGGGUAUGCUUGUAUUGAUCACACUGAUGCAGCGAUGGACAUCGAGCACAGAGUUUGGUCCAAAAUGGCGUUGGAGGCCACAGCGCCGGGUUUGCAAGAGAAGCUGGGGAAGUUGGCACCACCGCAUGCAGUUGCUGGAUUGAUAGCUCCUUAUUUUGUGCAGAGGUUUCAGUUCAAGGAGGACUGCUUGGUUAUUCAGUGGUCUGGAGACAAUCCAAAUAGUUUGGCAGGAUUGACCCUGAAUACUCCAGGUGAUCUAGCAAUAAGCCUUGGAACAAGUGAUACAGUCUUUGGAAUAACAACCGAGCUAAAGCCCAGCCUUGAAGGGCAUGUUUUUCCAAACCCUGUUGACCCAGAAUGCUAUAUGGUUAUGCUUGUCUAUAAAAAUGGAUCUCUUACACGAGAAGAUGUACGCAACAAUCAUGCCGAGCAGUCUUGGGAAGUGUUCAACAAGCAUCUGGAGAACACGCCUCCUUUAAAUGGUGGAAAAAUAGGAUUCUACUACAAGGAGCAUGAAAUAGUACCUCCCAUGCCUGGUAAUUUUGCAUUUAAAUCAAAAUUUCAUAAUAUAGCAAUCUAAUUUCAU